CACAGAUUCACAACUCUGGGUGAAAAAGUUUUUCCUCAUCUCAGUCCUAAAUGGCUUACCCCUUAUUCUGAAACUGUGACCCUGGAUCUGGACUCCCCCAACACCGGGAACAUUUUUCCUGCAUCUACCCUGUCCAAUCCUCUAAGAAUUGUAUUUGUUUCUAUAAGAUUCACGCCAACACACGCCAGUACUUUGGUGAAUAUAUAAUGUGCCCGUGAAUGGACGUGACUUGUGUCGGUCGGUCAUUGAUCCAAGUUCUUCAGCCCAGACCUGAACCACGGAACCAGAAUCUUUGUGUGGAUUUGUUUUGAGAUAUCGGAUACGGACCGGGCGGGGUUUAGUUUUGGUCGCAUCAGGCGAACUCUGGCACCUGUCACCAGGCGAGACUGACAGCGAGGAGGCAGCUUGGAGCAGCGGCGGUGCCCCGACCUCAGGCCAUGUCCGGACCCAGUGUCCACCCCCCGAUGCCCGGAGCCGGGACCCCCACAGUAAACGAGCUGGAGCGGCUCCUGCGCGACAACACAGUGGCGCUGAGUCGGGUGGACGAGGUGUGGCCGGGCCUGUACAUCGGGGACAUGACGGCGGCCCACGACAGGUUCCAGCUGUGGAAGCUGGGCAUCACCCACGUACUGAACGCUGCCCACAAACAGCUGGCAUCCAGCGGCUGCCAAGACUUCUACGGGACCGCCAUGGAUUACCGCGGCAUCGCCGCCCGCGACCUGCCCCACUUUGACAUCUCCGCAUAUUUCUAUUCCGCAGCUGAAUACAUUCACCAGGCAGUUGAUGUUCUUGGAGGGAAGGUCUUCGUCCAUUGUGCUUUCGGAUAUAGCCGGGCGGCCACACUGGCGUUGGCUUAUCUAAUGAUCCACCAACGCCUCUCGCUGUGGGAUGCCGUCAUCACGGUGGCGAACCACAGACGCAUCUACCCCAACCGAGGAUUUCUGAAACAGUUGCGGACCUUGGACACAAAAUUACAGCAAGAAAGGAAAGUUUGAUUUAGUCAUCUCUUUGCGGCUCAGUAAAUGUUGAGCGAUUAUUGUCUGCAGUAGGACUACUGUUUAACGAUAACUCAUUGUGGUGAAAUAACUGAUUGUGAGCAGAGACGCGCGAGUAUUUUAGUGAACUUCACACUCAUUCUGUUGAUGAACACGCACAGUCCCAAACUCUACUGGUGCCAGAUUCUCACUUUACCUGGAACUAGACCAAGGAGCCGUGUCAUUGUUGAAGUGUUUCUGCAAUUGUAAAGAGCUGUUAUUACCUGCAGACAAUUCGUUUUAAUAAAAGAUAAUUUUGUCGACUCAGCUGCGACUUUGU